AUGGAAUUUGUAUCAAACUUCAACCUGUCUGAAAACUACAGAGACUGUCUCUACCAGCCGCUCCACUUGUCCCUGUUCGAGCUCAAAACUCUAGUUCCAGUCACGGUAGUGUGUGUGGGCCUAUUCCUGCUAGGAGUGCUCGGGAACCUGGCCACCAUCUUUGUGUUUCAACAAUGCAAGGAGAUGAGGACCACCACCAACCUCUAUCUCUCUAGCAUGGCUCUUUCUGACAUCCUGAUCUUUGCUGGCCUGCCCCUUGACCUCUACCGCCUCUGGAGGUACUGCCCUUUCGUGUUUGGGGACUUCCUGUGCCGCUUCCAGUUCUAUUUGAGCGAGACUUGCACGUAUGCUACCAUUCUCCACAUAACCACCCUCAGCAUGGAACGCUACCUGGCUAUUUGCUUCCCGCUCCAGGCCAAGGUGCUGGUCACCAAGGAGAGGGUUAAGCUGGUUAUCAUGGCUCUCUGGGUAAUCUCCAUGGUAACAGCCGCCCCUGUUUUCUUUAUCUUCAAGGUGGAGAGCCAGGAAUGUAAGCUUACAGAGCAGGCUGUCCAAUCUGGUCUCUUGCAGACAAUGACCUGGGUCUCUACGCUGUAUUUCUUCCUGCCCCUGGUGUGUAUGAGCCUCCUCUAUGGGCUCAUUGGGAGGAAGCUGUGGAGGACCAAAAGGGAUAUCCAGGGUCCCAAUGCGAGGAACCGGGAGAGGUACCAUCGGCAGACCAUCAAGAUGUUGGCUCUGGUGGUGCUGGCCUUCACGCUGUGCUGGCUGCCCUUCCACGUGGGCCGUAUCCUGUUCUCAAACGCGUCCAGGAAUGACAUCGAGGCCCAGGCCCUGUUCACCACCAGCCAGUACUUCAACCUGGUCUCCAUGGUGCUCUUCUACCUCAGUGCCUCCAUCAACCCAGUCCUCUACAACCUCAUGUCAGGGCGCUACCGCAGUGCAUUGUGCCGCCUGCUGGGCAAGCCCAGGGCAUCCCUGAGGGGUCAGGGCUCCUGCUGCCAGAGCCAGGCCGCGUCCCCUGAAGGAACGGAAGUCAGCACCUGUGUGUGAGAGGGCGAUCAAAGAGCAGCACAGCUCACACCAUCCUGCAAUGUCCAUUCUCAAACCAUAUACAUAUAUGGAACGCCAUCUCAACAUGCAAGACAAUACUGUACCAUGCUACAGCAGUGCUAUACAUUGUACCCUGACAGAACCAUGCAACAGCAUGGAAGGGAGUUUCUGGGCUGUGUUUGAUGCAUUUUCUCCCCAUUAAAA